GGGGGCGAAGCCCUGCGAGCAAAGUCCAGGCCCCUGGACCAAGCCCCGCGCGCGCGACGCCUCUAGGCGAGAGACGCGCGAAGUCUGAGGCUGAGAUGGAUCUUGAGGCGGGAAGGAACGGCACAGCCCCGCUCUCCAGAGGCGACUUUGAGCUGGGCAACAGCAGCAACCAACACAAGAAAAAAAUGAAAAAAGUAAAUUUGGUUGGACCAUUAACAUUGUUUCGAUACUCUGAUUGGCAGGAUAAAUUAUUUAUGUCCCUGGGCACCAUCAUGGCCAUAGCUCAUGGAUCAGGUCUUCCCCUCAUGAUGAUAGUAUUUGGACAAAUGACUGAUAGCUUUGUUAAUAUUGCAGGAAACUUCUCCUUUCCAGUGAAUUUCUCGUUGUCGCUGUUAAAUCCAGGCAGAAUUCUGGAAGAAGAAAUGACUAGAUAUGCAUAUUAUUACUCAGGUUUAGGUGCUGGAGUUCUUAUUGCUGCCUACAUUCAAGUUUCAUUUUGGACUUUAGCAGCUGGACGACAGAUUAAGAAAAUUAGGCACAAAUUUUUUCAUGCUAUUCUACGACAGGAAAUAGGCUGGUUUGAUAUCAACGACACUACAGAACUUAACACACGCCUAACAGAUGACAUCUCCAAAAUCAGUGAAGGAAUUGGUGACAAAGUUGGAAUGUUCUUUCAAGCAGUAGCCACGUUUUUUGCAGGAUUCAUAGUGGGAUUCAUCAGAGGAUGGAAACUCACCCUUGUGAUAAUGGCCAUUAGCCCUAUCCUGGGACUUUCUACAGCUGUUUGGGCAAAGAUACUCUCAGCCUUUACUGACAAAGAACUAGCUGCAUAUGCGAAAGCAGGUGCUGUGGCUGAAGAGGCUUUGGGGGCAAUCAGGACUGUGAUAGCUUUCGGAGGACAGAACAAAGAACUGCAAAGGUAUCAGAAACAUUUAGAAAAUGCCAAAAAGAUUGGAAUUAAAAAAGCUAUUUCAGCAAACAUUUCAAUGGGCAUUGCUUUCCUGUUAAUAUAUGCAUCAUAUGCACUGGCCUUCUGGUAUGGGUCCACUCUAGUUAUAUCAAGAGAAUAUACUAUUGGAAAUGCAAUGACAGUGUUUUUUUCAAUCCUAAUUGGAGCAUUUAGUGUUGGCCAGGCUGCCCCAUGUAUUGAUGCUUUUGCCAAUGCUAGAGGAGCAGCAUAUGUGAUCUUUGAUGUUAUUGAUAAUAAUCCUAAAAUUGACAGUUUUUCAGAGAGAGGACACAAACCAGACAGCGACAAAGUGAAUUUGGAGUUCAGUGAUGUUCAUUUUUCUUACCCAUCUCGAGCAAAUAUCAAGAUCUUGAAGGGCUUCAACCUGAAGGUUCAGAGUGGGCAGACGGUGGCCCUGGUUGGAAGCAGUGGCUGUGGGAAAAGCACCAUGGUCCAGCUGAUACAGAGGCUCUAUGACCCUGAUGAGGGUAUGAUAAACAUCAAUGGACAGGAUAUUAGGACCUUUAAUGUAAGAUAUCUGAGGGAAAUCAUUGGAGUGGUGAGUCAGGAGCCAGUACUGUUUUCUACCACAAUUGCUGAAAAUAUUCGCUAUGGCCGUGCAAAUGUAACCAUGGAUGAGAUAAAGACAGCUGUCAAAGAAGCCAAUGCCUAUGAGUUUAUCAUGAAGCUACCACAGAAAUUUGACACCCUGGUUGGGGACAGAGGAGCCCAGCUGAGUGGUGGACAGAAACAGAGGAUCGCCAUUGCAAGAGCUCUGGUCCGCAACCCCAAGAUCCUCCUGCUGGAUGAGGCCACGUCAGCCUUGGACACUGAGAGCGAAGCUGAGGUACAGGCAGCUCUUGAUAAGGCCAGAGAAGGCCGGACCACCAUUGUGAUAGCACACCGACUGUCCACAAUUCGAAAUGCAGAUGUCAUUGUUGGGCUUGAGAAUGGAGUUGUUGUGGAGCAAGGAAGCCACAGUGAACUGAUGAAGAAGGAAGGGGUAUAUUUCAAACUUGUUAACAUGCAGACAUCAGGAAAUCAAAUCCAUUCAGAAGAGUUUGAAGUUGAUCUAAAUGAUGAAAAUGCUACCACUGGUAUGGCCCCAAAUGGAUGGAAACCUCGCAUAUUUAGGAGUUCUACUCAUAAAAGCCUUAGAAAUUCACGAAUGCAUCAGAAUAGUCUUAAUGUAGAAACCAAUGAACUUGAUGCAAAUGUGCCACAAGUAUCUUUCCUGAAGGUUCUGAAACUGAAUAAAACAGAAUGGCCCUACUUUGUGGUGGGAACUAUAUGUGCUAUUGCCAAUGGGGCACUUCAGCCAACAUUUUCAAUCAUUUUCUCAGAGAUGAUAGCGAUCUUUGGACCAGGGGAUGAUGAAGUGAAGCAGCAAAAGUGCAACAUGUUCUCCUUACUUUUUUUAGGUCUGGGGAUUAUUUCUUUUUUUACUUUCUUCCUUCAGGGUUUCACCUUUGGGAAAGCUGGAGAGAUCCUCACCACAAGGCUUCGGUUGAUGGCUUUUAAAGCAAUGCUAAGACAGGACAUGGGCUGGUUUGAUGACCAUAAAAACAGUACUGGUGCACUUUCUACAAGACUCGCGUCAGAUGCUUCCCAAGUUCAAGGAGCUACUGGAACCAGGUUGGCUUUAAUUGCACAGAAUACAGCUAACCUUGGAACUGGUAUUAUCAUAUCAUUUAUUUAUGGUUGGCAAUUAACCCUUUUGCUGUUAUUGGUGGUUCCAAUUAUUGCUGUAUCCGGAAUUGUUGAAAUGAAAAUGUUGGCUGGAAAUGCCAAAAGAGAUAAAAAAGAACUGGAAGCAGCUGGAAAGAUUGCAACAGAGGCAAUAGAAAAUAUUAGGACGGUUGUAUCCUUGACCCAGGAAAGAAAAUUUGAAUCAAUGUAUGUUGAAAAAUUGUAUGGGCCUUACAGGAAUUCUGUGCGGAAGGCACACAUAUAUGGCUUUACUUUUAGUAUUUCACAAGCAUUUAUGUAUUUUUCCUAUGCUGGGUGUUUUCGAUUUGGUGCCUAUCUCAUUGUGAAUGGGCAUAUGCUCUUCAGAGAUGUUAUUCUGGUGUUUUCAGCAAUUGUGUUUGGUGCAGUGGCUCUAGGACAUGCUAGUUCAUUUGCUCCAGACUAUGCCAAAGCCAAGUUGUCUGCAGCCCACUUAUUUAUGCUGUUUGAAAGACAACCUUUGAUUGACAGCUACAGUGAAGAGGGGCUGAGGCCUGAUAAGUUUGAAGGAAAUGUGACAUUGAAUGACGUCCUGUUCAACUAUCCCACUCGGCCAAACGUUCCGGUGCUGCAGGGGCUGAGCCUGGAAGUAAAGAAGGGCCAGACCCUGGCUUUGGUGGGCAGCAGUGGCUGUGGGAAGAGCACAGUGGUCCAGCUUCUUGAGCGGUUCUAUGAUCCCACAGCUGGAACAGUGUUUGUGGAGUUUGGUUUUCAGCUCCUAGAUGGUCAAGAAGCAAAGAAACUUAAUGUCCAGUGGCUCAGAGCUCAACUUGGAAUUGUGUCUCAGGAGCCUGUACUGUUUGACUGCAGCAUUGCUGAGAAUAUUGGCUAUGGAGACAAUAGCCGGGUAGUAUCACAAGAUGAAAUUGUGAGUGCAGCCAAAGCAGCCAACAUACAUCCUUUCAUCGAGACAUUACCCCAGAAAUAUGAAACACGAGUUGGAGAUAAGGGUACUCAGCUCUCAGGAGGUCAAAAACAGAGGAUUGCUAUUGCCCGAGCCCUUAUCAGACACCCUCAGAUCCUCUUGUUGGAUGAAGCUACAUCAGCUCUGGAUUCUGAAAGUGAAAAGAUUGUCCAAGAAGCCCUGGACAAAGCCAGAGAAGGCCGCACCUGCAUUGUGAUCGCUCACCGCCUCUCCACCAUCCAGAAUGCAGAUUUAAUAGUGGUGUUUGAGAAUGGCACAAUCAAGGAGCACGGCACGCACCAACAGCUGCUGGCACAGAAAGGCAUUUAUUUUUCAAUGGUCAGUGUUCAGGCUGGAACACAGAACUUAUAAAUUCUUGUUAUAGUAUUUCUCAAAAAUAAACUUAAAUCAUUCUAC